AGAUUCUUAUGCAUAUUCCCAAAUCAAGGAAGCUGCCAUUUUUGUGUAUGUAAAGCGUUCAGAUUUCGAGAAAUCAGUUUCAGUUACAAAAUUCAUUUCCAAGAAGUCGUUUGACUUUGGCAGAGGAAAUAUAAAUAAUAUUAACAAAAUGAAGUUUAUUGGGAUUCUAUUACUCGCUGCAGGAAUACAAGCUCAGGUUUUAGCGGAAUUAGAAGCUAUUCAAGGGAUCACUAGAGAUAUUCCUGCAUUUGAUGAAGAUCCGAAAAGUUUAGCUCGAGAGAAGAGAGCUUUCCUAGGCCUUCUGGAUCCCCCCACGCUAGCUCUGUUCUCCACUGAGACUGACCGUACUAAAUAUAAGUUCAAAGAUGCAGUAAAAAUUUUAAAGGAUCGAAAUUUCGAUAAUCAAAAAAAGACUGUAAUUUAUAUUCAUGGAUUUUUGGAAGGACUUUUUGCUGAAAGUGUUAAAGCAGUUGUGAAAACUUAUAUAGAUCGAAAAGAUCAUAACGUUAUCAUUUUGGAUUGGCAUACACAGGCUUCACCGGAAUAUUUCUUAAAUGCAGUGCAAAAUGUUUAUAAGGUUGGAGCUGAUCUUGGGACUGUGCUAGUCGACAUGAUUAAGGGCGGUCUUAGCCUUGAGCGUUUACAUAUUGUCGGUCAUUCUUUAGGUGGCCAAAUGUCAGGAGUUGUAGGGCGUACGGUUCAAAAGGUAUCUGGAGGAAAAAUUAUACUUCCACGUAUUUCAGCAUUGGAUCCUGCCUAUCCCGGAUUCUAUGGUAUCCCUGGUGCAGAACAUUUAACUGCAAGUGAUGGCGAAUACGUUGAUGUUCUGCACACGGAUUCUGGAUUUUAUGGAGCACCUGUACCUACUGGUACUGUUGACUUUUGGCCAAAUGGCGGGCUCUUUCCACAACCAGGAUGCAUCCUGGUUGUCAAUGUGUGCAGCCAUCAACGAUCUUGGUGGUAUUGGAAUGAAAGUCUACUGAAGAAUUCAACGAAUUAUUUCAACUCAGUUACCGCAAAAAAUUGGCCUGACUUUAAACUGGGAAAUGUCGGAGAGUUUAACCCUGAUAUUGUUAUGGGCUAUGGUGUCCUUGACAACUUAAAUGGUAAUUACUAUCUGCAAACAAAUGGUGCAUCACCAUUUGCUCGAGGAAGAACAGGAAUUAAAUAUGAUUAAUUCGAACCAAGAUGUUUUGGAAGUAGUUAAGAUUAUUGUUGAAUAAUUUUUUUUUUAAUUUCAAUGCAUGUUUUAAAGUACGAGUAAUAAAUUCCUAUUUACGCAGCAAA